AUGGUUGACGGCGACCGCUUCGUCGCCACGCCGCAUCAUACCCGCUGGGACGCCGCCGCCACGCUCGCAUGGGUCCAUGGACAGCCAGGCUACGUGGAUGCCCAAGCAGCGCGCACCGACACGACGCUCCUCGCCCGGUGGUUCUACGAAGCCAAGCGAAUGGAAGCGCAACCGCGCAAAGAGAGCGACGCUGGCGUCUCGGCGUUCUGCUAUGAGGCUCGGUAUACGUGCCAGCCACACGCGCUUCGCGACGUGAGCCCGUUGACCACGAUACCGGUCGACCACCGCCAAGGACUAAUCGACGAAAGCUUGGUGUUCAAGACCAUGCACAAAGGCUGCGUGGUGCAUGUGGUUUGCUCCAGGCGGCAGUCGGAGCUUGCGAUUGGCCUCGACAAUUUCAGCGGCGUCGAGACCGCGGACGUAGCGAGCUUGCAACACAAGCUCGUUGCCCUCCUCGACCCAAGCCAGAAGCACCCGAUCUCGUCACUACUCGAGUGGCUGCAUGCGCGCCGAGGAUCAUUCGAUUAA